AAAUAAAUCACUGCAAUCAAUUAGUUCUUUUUUUCUUUUCUCUCAGUUAGAAAAAUGGAAUAAUUUAAUUUGGGCCUUGAGGAUCCAGCUUUAAAUUGGGCUCAGAUCCAACGACAAACAAUGUAAUAGAUAGUACUGUACACGUGUCAAACAGAGGUUGGAACCACGUAUGUUAGUUUGAAACCACACACAGAACAGUUGAAGUUCCCUCCAAGACUUGUGGAGUCGAAACGUUUGGUAGAACAAUGGCAUCCACAGCGUCGCCGAUGACGGUUCAGGCGGGUCGGGUUCGGACCCUGAAAGAAGGUUCUCGCGGAGAAUCGGGUUUGGGUCCGGUCGUGUACUGGAUGUUCAGAGACCAACGUGUGACAGACAAUUGGGCUCUGAUCCACGCUGUUGCUGAGGCCAACAAAGCCAACGUUCCCGUUGCCGUUGUUUUCAAUCUCUUCCACACCUUUCUUGGCGCCAAAUCCCGUCAUUUAGGGUUCAUGCUCAGGGGCUUGCGCCAAUUGUGCCACCGUAUGCAACACUCUCUUCAAAUCCCCUUUUUCUUGUUCCAGGGAGAGGCAGAUGAGACAGUGCCAAAGUUUCUUAGAGAAUGUGGAGCUUCACUUUUGGUGACGGAUUUCUCACCUUUGCGGGAAGUACGGAGGUGUAAAGAAGAGAUAUGCAAGAGGGUAAGCGAUUCGGUUGCUGUGCAUGAAGUGGAUGCUCACAACGUUGUGCCCCUUUGGGUUGCCUCUGAUAAAUUGGAGUACAGUGCUAGGACCAUCAGGGCGAAGAUAACCAAAAGGCUUUCUGACUAUCUCGUUGAUUUCCCUGACAUUGAAGUUGAGCCACCAGCUGGGAAGUGGGUGGCUACUGAGAACCAUUCCAUUGACUGGGAUGAUCUCAUUGCUGAUGUGUUAAGGAGAGGAGCAGAGGUUCCUGAAGUUGAUUGGUGUGAGCCAGGGGAAAUUGCCGCAAGUGAAGUAUUAAUGGGAAGUAAAAAUGGAUUCUUGACUAAAAGGUUGAAAGGUUAUUCCCUGGACCGCAACAACCCGUGCCACCCCAAUGCGCUUUCUGGCUUAUCUCCCUAUUUGCACUUUGGACAGAUAUCUGCUCAGCGAUGUGCUUUAGAAGCACGUAAGCGGCGAAAUUCACAUCCUCAAGCAAUUGAUGCUUUCUUGGAGGAGUUGAUUGUGCGGAGAGAGCUUGCUGAUAACUAUUGCUUCUACCAGCCUCAUUAUGAUUCAUUAAAAGGAGCAUGGGCAUGGGCUCAGAACACCUUAACUGAACAUGCCACUGAUAAGCGAGAACAUAUUUACACGAAGGAGCAGUUGGAGAAGGCACAGACAGCUGAUCCUCUCUGGAAUGCUUCUCAGCUGGAGAUGGUUCACUAUGGGAAAAUGCAUGGUUUUAUGAGAAUGUAUUGGGCAAAGAAGAUACUUGAGUGGACACGAGGACCUGAAGAAGCCCUUGAGAUAUCUUUGUAUUUAAAUGACAAGUAUGAAUUAGAUGGGAGAGAUCCAAAUGGUUAUGUUGGCUGCAUGUGGUCAAUAUGUGGGGUUCAUGAUCAGGGUUGGAAAGAGCGGCCCAUUUUUGGGAAAAUUCGAUACAUGAACUAUGCAGGCUGCAAAAGAAAAUUUGAUGUCGAUAAAUACAUUGCAUAUGUCAAUAAAUUAGUUCGUGAGCUCAAAAAGAGGAAGGCUGAAAACUUGCUAUCUCAAAAGGAGAAAGUAGUUCGCAGUUGUGAUCCUGAAGAUUGAAGCAUAUAUGCUUUUAUGUUUCUAGGCAUAUUAUGUAUUUAGUUAGAAGUGCUAACAAAACAUUUUCUAAGAUACUUUUUUUAACACAUUUUAUUAUUGGUUAAAAUAUAUGGGAAAUUACAAAGAGUGAGAUGACUUCAUCAAAUAGUGAGAAGAAAGAAGUGAGAAAAAAAAUUGUAAUUUUCAAUAAAUUUUAAUCAAUAAUAGAGUGUGUUUAAAAGAAUGUAUUAGAGAGUCUUAUUGAUAUUUUUCAUUUAAGCAGAGUUGCCAUUGUUUGGCGGAUGAUAUUUCAAGCAGGAAGCCAGGAACAAUCUUGUAAUUUGCCUUGAGUUUUGAGUACGGCGUUGCCGUCCUUCAUUGAUUCACAUCCUUAUGGUCGGUUAAUGAAAUUGUAACUGCUUGUGUUCCAACUCAAACUAGUUGGUCACAUACUCACAUUUUAGAGGUGAUAGGGAACCGUUAGAAGCAAUCAAGUUGUUUGAACUAUUUUAGGGUA